GGCCUCUGCCUAAGGGUCACCUUCUCAGGGAGGCCACCUGAAUUUACAGUGCCCUGUUAUGGCCCCACCACAGUUUGUAAGUGAACAUCUGUUAGUGUAACUCAUUUUUUUGUUUUGUUUUUUCCGUCUUGACCACUGGACUAUGAGCUGAGGAAGUCAGGGUUGGAUCUUGUUUCCCCGCCCUGCCCAGUGCCUGGAAUAGUGAUUGGAACAGAUUAGGCACUACACAAAUAUUUGCGGAAUGACUAGAAGCAGAGAUUCCUGAGGCCACUCCUGACGUGGAUUUAAUUUCUUCAUGCAGGCUGGAGGAUCCGGGGCCGCCGGGUUCGAGCAGAAGCCCAGGGACCUUAGCCGCACAGUCCCACCCCGCUAGCCUUAGCGCUCGUUACCUUAGCGCUCGUUACCAGGGCGCCGGCCCCGGGGGCGGAUCCCCGGGACCCCGCCCCAGUGCACAACGCCCAUCUUGAGCUCACGGCCCCGCCCUAUGUUGCCUUAGUGCGGCGCAGCCGGCUGGGGGGCGUGUCCCCAGUUGACUGCACAGUGUCUGGCCACAGGCACCGGGGACCGUCAGAGCAGAGCAAUGGGGGCGUCGAGGGCUGCAAACGGACUUCGCCGCGGCCGCAGUUCGAGUCCACGGCGCGGCCGCGGCGCAGCUUCCACAACACGCUGCCCUUCUACUGGGGGAAGCGGGAGCAUCGCCGUGGAUCUCGCCAGCCGGGCUCCGGCCGCGGACCCAGGCCCGGGGGCGUGGCCAUGACCCGGGCCCCUGGCCCCGCCUCCUCCCCUUCCCGAACCUUGGCCUCGGGCUUUGCCUCAACCCGGGUGUGGGCCCUGGCUUGCAGCCCCGCCUCCUCGCCGGACUCCGAGUCCAGUCCCAGCCUCAGCGCCCGAGCCGGCGGCCUGCUCGCCGGGCUCCUGUAGCCGCGCCCCGUCCUGGAGGCUGAGUCGGAGGCCCUUCUGGAGUUCGAACUGGCCCGGCAGGCACUGCGCGGGCAACAUGGCGGCGUCCAGCGAACGGGGGCGCUUCGGCGGUGGGAACCUCUUCUCCUUCCUGCCCGGCGGCGCGCGCUCAGAAGCAAUGGAGGACCUGGUGACGGAUGCGCGCGGCCGGGGCGCGGGACGGAAAGAUCCCGCCACUGCCUCGGCCCCGACUCCAAACCUGGCGCCGACCCCUGACUCUCAGGUCGCCGAGGACACUUCCCGGAGACGGCACUGCCGUGCCUGCGUGGACUUCAAGUCAUGGAUGCGAACGCAACAGAAGCGGGACAGCAAGUAUAGAGAAGAUUGUCCUGAGGAUCGUGAGGAACUGGGCCGCCACAGCUGGUCUGUUCUCCACACCCUGGCUGCCUACUACCCCGACCUGCCCACCCCAGAACAGCAGCAAGACAUGGCCCAACUCAUACAUUUAUUUUCCAAGUUUUACCCAUGUGAGGAGUGUGCUGAAGACAUAAGGAAGAGGAUAUGUAGGAACCAGCCAGACACGCGCACACGGGCAUGUUUAACCCAGUGGCUGUGCCGCCUACACAACGAGGUGAACCGCAAGCUAGGCAAGCCGGACUUCGAUUGCUCUAAAGUGGACGAGCGCUGGCGUGAUGGCUGGAAGGAUGGCUCCUGCGACUAGAGGGCGACCAGCUGGAACUCAUGGGGGCUGCCUGGCUAGAAAGGGGCAGGACAUCCAUUAAAGUGCAUCAUAGCACUCAUUAAAGUGCGGCAGAGCCAGAGCCUGUUGUGUUUCAGUUGGGUGUUCCCCAGCCACUUCCCAUGGCACCCUUUCCUUUUCAGGUUUGGAGUUGAAGUGCCUGCUGCUGGCACCCUGAUGGCCUCUUCCUCAGCUGAAGCCCUGUGGGGCUACAGGUGAAGGAAUAGGAGCAGCAUAGGCUGUCUCUUUUUUCAGGAUGCAGCCUCCUGCCCACCCCACACCCUGGUGCCCACUUCCCCACACAGGAAGGUGAUAAGCUUGGCUGGGCUACUCUUUCACACAGAAUCUUUGAGACCAGGCCAUUGUCUCCCUAUUGUAUAGCUAGAGACAGCCACAUUAAUUGUAGCCUCAGAGACUGUGUGCCGCUUGCACUUCAGGAAAGAAGCCUGGAGACUAAGCUUUCCACCCUGCUCAGUCCCUACAGGGAGGGAAGAUGCAGGCAGGGUUCUUCUCUGAGGGUCCACUGACCCUGCAGCUCAUUUUCUGUUCAGCACAUGGGAUUCCAUAGCUGUACCAAGCUUGUCAGAGGCUUUUUGGGGGCAGCUUCCUUGGAGCUUGAGACAAAAAUAAAAUGCUGAAGAAGUGACUUGAGAA